AUGGAAAGUUUUUUGGCUAAUCGACCUGACGCAGCAAGUCGUUGUACGUAUACUGUCAAUGGUGAAAAAAGUAAGUGCCCACAUAAUCUUGGCACUAGACAAAAGUCAGUUAGUCAAAAGAUCUAUAAUAAUGUUCUUGAGUUAAUUGGUGAUACACCACUUGUACGUAUCAAUCGUUUGUCACGGGAUUCUGGUGUCAAAUGCAAUCUUUUGGCUAAACUUGAAUAUUUCAAUGCUGGCGGCAGUGUAAAAGAUCGAAUUGGUCUACGUAUGGUUGAAGAAGCCGAACGCGCUGGAGUAUUAAAACCAGGUGAUACAGUUAUUGAACCAACAUCUGGUAAUACAGGCAUCGGAUUAGCACUGGCAUGUGCUGUGAAAAACUAUCGGUGCAUUAUUGUCAUGCCUGAAAAAAUGAGCAAAGAAAAAGUUGAUGUACUUCGUGCAUUAGGCGCUGAAAUCAUUCGUACGCCAACAAGUGCUUCGUUUGAUUCACCUGAAUCGCAUAUUGGUGUGGCACAUCGUUUGAAAAUGAAAAUUCCUAAUUCACACAUUCUUGAUCAAUAUCGAAAUCCAUACAAUCCAAUUGCUCAUUAUGAUUCGACUGCUGAAGAAAUUCUUGAAGCAUGCAAUGGAAAAGUCGAUAUGAUUGUUGCUGGUGCUGGCACAGGAGGCACAUUGACUGGUCUAUCAAGAAAAUUAAAAGAAAAAUGUCCAAAUUGUAUUGUUGUUGGUGUUGAUCCAGAAGGUUCAAUUUUGGCAUUACCUGAACCGUUGAAUAAUACAGGAAUUUCGUUUUAUGAAGUCGAAGGCAUUGGAUACGACUUUAUACCAACUGUACUCGAUCGAUCAUUGGUUGAUCGUUGGUAUAAGAGUUCAGAUCCUAUUUCACUUAAAUGCUCGAGAAAAUUAAUUAAAGAUGAAGGGAUACUUUGUGGUGCUUCGUCCGGUUCAGCUAUGUCAUGUGCCAUACAGGCCUGCAAAGAUUUUAAUUUAACUGAAGAUCAAAAUUGCGUUGUAAUUUUACCGGAUUCUGUUCGGAAUUAUAUGACUAAAUUUUUGAGCGAUGAUUGGAUGCUUGAACGCGCUUUUCUUGAUAUUAAAGAUGAACCUAAUACUGAAUGGUGGCAUUCAAUGCCUGUAUCAACUUUACAAUUUCGUGAACCUGUUACAGUUUCAUCAAACACAACAAUCCAAGCAGUACUGGAUAUAAUGUAUGCCAGAGGUUUCGAUCAAGUACCGGUCAUAUCCGAUGAUGGAACCUUUGUGGGUAUGACAACUAUGUAUGAGAUAAUGGCAAAAAUGUCACGUAGUACAGUUAAUGCUCAAGAUCCAGUAUCGAAAGCUGUAACGGAUAAAUUUCGAACGGUUCAAUUGAACGAUAGUUUGGCAAAAUUAAGUCGUAUUUUAGAAGCACAUAAUUAUGCGAUCAUUAAAUUUGCUCAUGAUCAUUUAGAUCAAGAUCAGUCAACGAGACAAAACAAAACACAUAUAUUUGGUAUAAUAACAAGUAUUGAUUUACUUGAUUUUAUUGUUAAAAACAAUAAAAACGCUGCAAUAACUAAUGGCUUUCAUCACGAAGAGAAAACAAAUUCUGUUGUUUCAAAAUAA